CAAUGGCAGGAUACCAGCUCUGGUCACCAUGGACCCCACUGGAUGAGAGCUUCCAAUGGCUGCGGCACACAACACCUACACCUUCUUCCAAACACCCCUUUAGGGCCUCCCCCUGCUUCCUACACACCCCUUCUGACCUUGAAGUUCAGCUGUGCUUUCAAGAGGUCACUUUAGUCUUAGACAGCCCAUUUCUGGAAACUGGAGUGAGUCCCAAGUUACCAUGCCACACGUCAGAACUCCGGGCCAUUAACAACAAGAAAGGGCUCGUCAGAAAGCCCCAGCCAGUCCGACUCAAUGGGGUAGAUUCUGUCUUUGGCAGGGUCAUCACGGCUCAGCCACCAAAGUGGACUGGGACCUUCAGAGUUUCAGACAAAUCAGCCUUUUGCAAAAUCAUCAGCAGGGAGCACCAGUGGCCCACUGGACUUAAGGAACCUCAGAUUCAGAUGACAGUGACUAUGUGCAAACAGAUGCUGCGCUCUAUCCUCCUGUUGUAUGCAACAUAUAAGAAGUGUACUUUCGCCUUGCAACACUCCAAGUAAAAGGUCUUCCUUCACCGGAUUCCCAGGUCUCAAACCAUGGCCUUUGGUAUGUGCCUGCAGCUUACAGAAUCUGUCCAUGUGAACAAAACUGUGACAUCAC